AUGUUUUCAAUAGACAGACUGGCGAGUGCUGGCGCCGCGCAGGCAGGAGCGCCUGCUGCAGCAGGAGCAGCAUCAGCGAUGGUGGGUUCUCCGGGAAAGCCUGCAGAUACAAGAAACCCGAUAACCACGACCUCGUCCGUCCUUGCAGUAACCUAUAGAGACGGCGUGCUCAUGGUGGCAGAUACGACGGUGUCUUACGGACGGAUGGUUCGUUUCCGGGGGCAGCCGCGAUUCAUCGCUCUCAACAACAAGACCCUCAUAUGCACGUCGGGGGAGUACUCCGACCACCAGUUUCUGGAAAGGGAGUUGAAUGCUCUUGUGGAAGAGGACGCAGCGCAUGCUGAGGGGUCUAUCGGAGGGAUAACAGGCGGAAACAACAGCGGCAGCACGGCCCUCACCCCCCUGGCCAUAGCCAGUUUCACAGCGAGAACCCUCUACAACAAGAGAUGCCGUUUUAAUCCGUAUUGGCUCUCCGUCGUUGUCGCUGGCCACAUGGGCUGCCCCAAGGGCAUCCAUGAGCGACAGGCUGAACAGAUCCCGCAGAAGGAAACGUACUUGGGAACGAUGGAUCUUCUGGGAACUUUCUUCCAAGAAGAAGUUGUUGCCACAGGUCUUGGUCGCUACUUUGCAAUUACACUCAUGCGGGAAAAGCAUCGUUCCGACAUGUCUGAGGAGGAGGCGCGCAAGUUGCUCGAGGAGUGCAUGCGCAUCUUGUUUUACCGGGACUGUGCUGCCUCUAACGAGGUGCAGUUUGCCAAAGUGACAGCGCAGGGUGUUACUAUCGACGCGCCUAAGAAAUUGGACUCGAACUGGCACUUCGAGGCUUACACGAAGAAGACAACCGACAUGGACCUUGCAGGGUGCUCCUGGUAG